UUUUUUUAAUAUUCAAUGCCAAUUUCUUUCAUUCCUGAAUAUUAUCAAAAUAAUAGCGAUAGAAGAUGCUCAGACCCAAAUUUAUAUAGUUUAAGGAAUACGCCAAGUGUAUCAUUAUCAAAUAGUAAUUUUGUUUAUUUACCACCUCUACUAGCUUUAACCAAUAAAGAUUUAUUUGAAAAGCAUCACCAGUUUUCAGAUACAUCAUGUCAAGAACGAUCGAUUAUAAUUAAUAAGCUCAUUGAUGCCUCUGCUGAUAUUAUUGAUUCUAUUUGGAUAAAUAAGCCUCAUAAGCAAUUUUCAAAUAUCAAAAUACUAUCUACAUCUUGUUUUAUUCGAGAAAUUUUGAAAAGGUCAAGAGCAACUUACUCCAUGUUACAGCUUGCUUUAUUUUAUAUUUUUCGUAUGAAAAGACUGAUGUCGAUGACAGGUAUACAACAAAAACAUUGUUUUUGCUACCGAAAACAUAAUCAAUUUGUUUGUUGUGGCCGACGUAUGUUCCUAGCAAGUUUAAUAGUGGCAUCCAAAUACUUGAAUGAUAAGCAUUAUCGAAACCAGACAUGGUCAAAGAUUGCGAGUUUACCCAUUUCAGAAAUUAAUACGAUCGAGUUUGUAUUUUUAAAACUCAUUGAUUAUCAGCUGUAUGUCAGUAAACCACUUUAUGACAAAUGGGUAUCUUUAUUAUAUGAUUAUAUUCAAAGAAAAAAUUCAGCACAUCCUUUUACUCAAUCUCGUUCUUUAAGAAAUGAAGUCAACUUUGACUACUCAAUAUCAUUUCAAAAUCAGAGUACCCCUUCAGAAGAAUCAACACCUAAUCGUACAUCAUCAUAUAGUGUUAUACCAAACUUAUUACCUCUCUCAUAUGGAAAGAAAAGGCCUGGUUCUUUUUCAACUUCUAAUAGUAUUCCUACAAAGCAAUUACGUCUGAUAUGAUACAAUAUAUAUCCAAACUAUUUGUAUAUAAUAAAUGUAUAUAUUAAUUA